CAUUAUUUCAAUGAAUUACAUUAAUUAAAAAAAAUAUCUUGUAUGCCUUAUUUUGUCCUUGCUUUAGUUUGUCCUUGCGCUAUUUUGUCCUAACGCUAUUUUGUCCUGUGCCAUUAUAUCCAAUAUCUAUUACUCUUAAUUGUACAUAUUUUAAAUGAAAAUGAGCUACGCAGUGUUUAUAUUUUGAAACAGUCGAACUGUACCAAAACAAAAGUGAAAUUACAUAAGAAAAUUCACGUUUAACAUUGACCGUACUAUCGAACAAAUCAUUUUCAUCGUAAUCUAAAAUUAAAAUAUCUCCUCUGCCCAACUCGAACGAGCCUAUCCAUGUUGUUGAUUUGAUUUCAGUUCCGACGAACUUGCUCAGAUUGAUGGUCGGAUUUUAAUGAAUUUUGACUCAUGUCAUAGAGGCUAUUUUCGAUCGUUGCCUUAGGUUCAGCCGCUUGCCGGGAAAGUACCAUGCUGAGAAAAGCCGAUCUUGUGCGUUCGAUCGACGUUUUCCUGUAAACAUCUGCCAAAAGAAAAUGAGCCUUUUAAAAUGGACGAGGACGAGGCAUACUCUUACGCUUUUUUGACAGGAUCAAGAUUUUGGGUUCAACGAGUAUUGGUACCGAUAUUACUAUGUCUAGGUCUUCUAGGAAAUACCAUCACUGUUAUGGUACUAACAAGAAGGAGAAUGCGUAGCUCUACAAAUACAUACCUAUCUGCUCUGGCUUGUGCUGACAUAAUUCACUUAUUGUUCGGGUUUUUGCUGUCAUUCGAACACUACCCGAAUAUACACGACAAAAAAUACGAACUUUACUGGAGAUUCUACGGCUUGACUCAUUGGUUAUGCGACGCUGCAAGCGCAACGUCAGCUUGGUUAGCAGUUUCGUUCACCAUAGAACGCUACAUAGCAGUGUGCCAUCCUAUGAAAGGCAAACUCUUUUGUACAGAACGUCGGGCCAAAAGAGUUAUAGUAAUCGUCUACAUUUUCUGCAUUUUAACAACAGCCUCCACGACAUUUGAAUACCAACUGAGUUUCACGGAUACCUGCGUACAAGAAUGUUCAAUUGAUGCUCCUCGAAACAAUACUACAACAGCAGAGUCUGAAGUAAAAACUAGCAUCAGUAGGAUAGAACCUACUAAUCCGACAUUCGAAUACUCAGACCUUAAGGGAUACGAUACAUACGUCCGAAAACAAUUAAAGCAUAUAUUAUCUAACUGUACUAGUCAUCCACAUAUCAUUUUAGUACCUGUUUAUCCUUACCAUUUGAACACGACUAAGGACGUGGAAAAAACCACUCUAACCAUGGAAGAAGAAUUAGAGAAAGUUUUAAAUACAUUUGAUCCGAAUAGUACAAUUAUUAGAACAUUAGUAGAUAUUAAUAAUGAAAGUAUAAUUGAAGAUAAUCCUAGAUUAACUACAAAUAAAGUUAUCAGAUCAGCUGAUAUACAACCAGACGACAAUAUCGAUUCCAGCGCAAAUGAUACUGUUACAGAUAUUUCAUACCCAGGCAUCAAUUCUACUUAUUGUUGUGUGCCUUAUAAACAGAUUAAUGUAGAGAAUACAGAAUUGGGAAAAAGCAAAACCUAUACGGACUUCAUAUACUGGUAUAGUGCGGUAUUUUUUGCUAUACUUCCAUUGUUGUUGAUAGGUACGUUCAAUUGUUUUUUGGUUCGAGCCGUUUAUUUGUCGCAGAAGACCAGAAGGGUGAUGACAAAUUCCCAGGACAGAGUUUCUUGGACAAAUGAAAAAAGGAUAACAAUAAUGUUAAUAGGCAUAGUAUUUGCAUUUUUAAUAUGCUCAAUACCAACAGCAAUACACCUGAUUUAUUAUCAUUUUAAUGAACCAAAAAAUAAGGUAGAAAUUAAUAUAAGACUGAUUUUAGGCAACUUCUGCAACUUCAUGGUAAUGCUGAAUGCUCCUUGCAACUUCCUUAUCUAUUGCUUGCUGAGCAAAAAGUUUCGAAUGACCUUCAAAAAGAUAUUUUGGGAGAGACGUAGGGGCACGCAAGUGGACGCCGAGACCAUUCUCCUGUCUUCCACCAAAACAAAGGAUUCAAAUAAAUUCAGCAUAUACAAACACGGUCUGAUGAAAAGAAACGCGUCCGAAUACCGAACUCCAAGAAACUUGGAGACGCACAGCUUGACCAGCAUGCCUAGAUCGAAAUCCCUGAUGAUGAGACAGAUAGGAAAGGCGAAAUCCUGUGAUUUGAACGUUUGAACUAUAUUAGUUUGUGACACAAAAGCAAGUGUUGGACUGCACCGAGUGUAAAAAGAGUUGUCUACCUCUUGAAAUUGUUACUUAAUUUAACUAGAUUUAUUGUUUCAUUGAAAUUUUGAUGAUUGCGCUUAUCAAAGACCAAUAAUUUAAAUUUUUUGUUAAAAUGUGCUGUGUUAAAUUGGUACGGAUAUAAAAAAUGAAUAAUAAUGGGUAUGCAAGUGAUUUAUUUAUUUUUUUACUUAGGAAGGUGGUGACAUGUAUACUCAUUAUACCACUAAAAAAUACACUUUAUAUAGGUAGAGCCAACAAUUUAUAAUAAGACAUGUGAAAAAGAGCCUUCUCCAAAAAUUGAAAUUUUGCUGGGUAAAUUGUUAUUUUCCAGUCCAUGGUAUUGUACAUAAUUAUGUAAAUUUGUAUAAUUUUUAAUAAAUUAUAUUUUAUUGAUGUGUAAAUAUAAAAUGUAAGUAA